AUGUGCCCCACUGUCACCCGCUUUAUGCGGGAAAACAUAAAGUCGUGGAAGACGAUCCUCCACCUCAGCCACGAUAAGGGCAUGAUGACAUCCAGACCAUGACCAUCAAAAUCAAAAGUGGCAUCUAUCAGGGAGACUCGCUGUCACCUCUAGUCUUUUGUCUGGCUCUUGCUCCUCUAAGCUCCCUCCUGAACAAGAGUAACAUCGCGCUCGACGUCAACACCAUCAUCCAGGACUUGGAACAGGACGGUACCUAUAAGUACACCGGAGUCAGCGAGGGAGACGGAGGUCGAGGCAUUCCCGUGCAGCACUCUCAGAUAGACAGGAGGUCCGGACGUCCAGCACUCUCAGAUAAAAGAGAAAACCCGGAAAGAGUACUACCGGAGCUACCGCAUGAUCCGGAUGGUAUUCAAGUCUGAGGUGAACUCCGCAAACAAACUGGAAGCCAUCAAUACCUCUGCAUUACCAGUGGUAACUUACAGUUUUAACACCAUAAACUGGACGUUACAAGAGCUGGCCAAACUUGAUAGAAAGACUACCCCAAAUCUGACGUGGACAGUCUCUACCUGCCCAGAACUAAAGGAGGUAGAGGGUCAUACAACUGCAGCUUUCCUACAAGUCAACCACUAUCGGUCUUGAUAAUUACCUCCAGGAGACGCAGGACACCCUCCUCUACUUUGUCAAAGACUAUAGCCAUAGGAAACCCUUGUACUCCAUCAGCAGACAGUCAAUAAAGUUCAUUCGGGAGGUGGGAGUGUCUGCAAUAUCACCUGCAGAGGAUGAGGCAAACACCACCUAUGCCCGCAGAACAAAGGCUAAGGCCAAACACCAGGGUUGCCAACAGCUUAGGUCCAAGUGGGAAUCAAAAGCGCUCCACGGCAAAUGCCCACAACGGGUGACGUGGACCAAGACAAGACCCACAGAUGGCUAA